AUGGCACAGACGGACGUACUUUUGACCAAGCAGCCGGCCCCACAGACGAUUGAACCGUGCGCGCUGCCACACAAGGAGCACGACAUGGCCUGCAACACAGGCGCUUAUACGUCCUCAGGCCUGGCCACUGCCGGCUUCCGCACGGCCAAGUACCUGAUGGAUGAGUGGUUCCAGAACUCUCAUGGCCAGUACCACCAGGCCAUCAUGGACCGAACCCACUCAGAGCGGCAGCGGCAAGAGAGCCAGCAGAUGGCGGCCGAGACGGAGGCCCUGGCCCAGCGCACACAGAAGGACUCCACGCGCAAGACAGGUGAGCGCCUGGAGGUCACGCACUGCUGGAAGGCGGAGCUGCGACGCGAGGUGAAUGAGCUGGUCGCUGAGACCGACCUGCUGCUGGCUCAGAAACAGCGGCUGGAGCGCGCCCUGGACGCCACCUCCCUGCCCUUCUCCAUUGCCACCGACAACCUGCAGUGCCGUGAGCGCCGCCAGCACCCGGACCUUGUGCGCGACUAUGUGGAAAUGGAGCUGUUGAAGGAAGCUGAGCUCAUCCGGAACAUUCAGGAGCUCUUGAAGAGGACCAUCCUGCAAGCUGUAAACCAGAUACGGCUGAACCGUGAGCACAAGGAGACCUGCGAGAUGGACUGGUCAGACAAGGUGGAGGCCUACAACAUCGACGAGAUGUGCACCCACUACCACAACCAGAGCACGGAAGUGCAGGUCCACCCGCACUCCAUCAGGAUGGAGGAGAGCGCAUCCACGCCCGAGACGUGGGCUAAAUUCACCAAGGGCAACCUGAUCCGCGCCGAGCGCGAGCGCCUGGCGUCGGACAACCUGCGGACGCUCAUCGACUGCAUUCUGCGGGACACGGCCGAGGACCUGCGGCUGCAGUGCGACGCCGUCAACCUGGCCUUUGCGCGCCGCUGCGAGGAGCUGGAGGACGCGCGGCAUAAACUGCAGUACCAUCUGCAGAAGACACUGCAGGAAAUCACUGACCAAGAGCACCAGGUGGCUUUGCUGAAGCGGGCCAUCAAGGACAAGGAGGCACCACUGCGUGUGGCUCAGACCCGCCUGUACCAGCGCUCACACCGGCCCAACGUGGAGCUGUGCCGGGAUGCAGCUCAGUUCAGGCUGAUGAGUGAGGUGGAGGAGCUGAAUAUGUCCCUUACUGCGCUGAGGGACAAGCUACAGGAUGCAGAGCAGGCUCUGCACAACCUGGAGGACACACGCAUGACCCUGGAGAAGGACAUCGCGGUCAAGGCCAACAGCCUCUUCAUUGACCGCCAGAAAUGCAUGACCCACCGCAACCACUACCCCACUGUCCUCCAGCUGGCUGGCUACCAGUAA